AUGCAUGAAAUGAGCCUUAUCAGGAAUCUAGAUGUACUCCACCCACUUUUGAACAAUAGUUUCACUAAAACCGUUGUGAAGCAAAGGCUCCCUCAAGGGAAAACCAUCCUGCACGCGUGUGUCACCUCUGGCCAAUUAGAUUCGUUAAGGUUUUUAACAGAAAAGCACUUUUUGUGGUCCGGAUUGAGAGGAGCCAAGGAUGACGAUGGAAACACAAUGUUGCAUAUCGCUGUUGCAAAUAUGCAACAUGAAAUUGUCCAAUACCUGAUUUCUGAAAACAAAGUUAAGUGCUUGAGCAAAAACAAGAUAGGGAAGUCUGAGCUUGAUCUUGGAGGUGACAACAAUGAGAUGAAAUUGGCGCUUGGAGUUAAGGAGUGUACUGAUUCUAAGAAUUUGAAACCACAAAAGGGCACAGGAAAGGCCAAGAGUGAAAGCUAUAAAAAGAAGGAUAGCAAGUCUGAUUCAGAUGAUAGUGACUCUAGCUCAUCAAGUGAUGAUAGUGCUAGUAAGCCUCCCAAGAUCCCCACAGGUGAGGGUCUCACUAGGCAAAAAUCUUUAUCCAGGUCUGUUUAUUCUAAGCCGAAAGCUCAAUUUGGUGACCAGUUUGUGUCUCUUGAUGGAACGAUGUUUUAUGAGAAUGGGUCGAAAGUGAAUGUGGUUCAAAGUCGUGGGGCUUCACCUAAUUAUGUGAGGGCGGACACUGGUAGUGCUAGCUUAAAGGAUAGGACCAUGCCAGUUACUCCGAAAACCACGCUUAUGAAUUAUUUUAAGGGAAUCGAUGAGGAUGGGGAAAUAUAUAAGAGGGUUAGGAGUAGGAAGAAGCUAAAGUAUAGAAAAGUGAAAGGCAAAGUUUUGGAUGAGUGGUUGAUAUUUUUUUUUAUUCUUGGAUGUUUGGUUACAAGUUUAACUGUUCAUAAGUUUGGAUACAUGAUGCUCUGGGGAUUAUGCCUUUGGAAGUGGUUUGCGCUUGUUAUGGUAACCUUUAGUGGCUUGUUGUUUACUGAAUGGCUGAUGAAUUUUGUUGUGUUAUUGAUUGAGCUAAACUAUAUGCUCAAAACGAAGGUAUUGUAUUUCGUUUUUGGUCUGAAUAUUGUUCAAGUUUUUAUAUGGUUGGCUUUAGUGCUCAUCACUUGGGCUUUGCUGUUACAGGAAGGGUUAGGUAAGCGCAAGAUUUUGGAUCUUACAACUUGGACUGCUGUUUCGUUGCUUAUUGGUUCGUUCUUGUGGCUAUUAAAGAAUUUGUUGCUAAAUAUAUUAACGUCUCCAUUCCAUGUGAACAUAUUCUUCGACAGGAUUCAGGAAUCAAUCGUUCACAAGUACAUACUAUUUUCGCUUUCUGGCAAGCCAGUCAUGGGUCUCUUUGUUACAUCAAAGGGUGAAUAA